AUUAUAAUUAUAAUACAGCACAUGAAACUCUUUCUGUCAUCCGAAUCCCAUAAACCCUAAUCAAAUUCUAACACUCUUUCUGCAAUCCAAAUCCAACAAACCCAAUCCGACUCUCCGUGAAAAGCAAACAGUCACAUAAAUUCACACGCUCUGUAACGUACGUGUACGGACAUGGCCACCACACCGCCGCGUAAAACACCCAGGCUACCGGAGAAUGAACCGACGUAUAGAGAGCCACCACAGCUACCGGAAGACAUUAUUCUCACCAAGAUAUUAACGCGAUUGCCUGCAAAAAUUGUUGGACGGCUCCGUUCAGUUUGUAAACCAUGGAGAUCUCUUUUGUCUAAGCCCAGUUUCACAAAAGACCAUCUCAACUGCACCACUCAGAACCCGGAUGAGGAUAAUCUCAUCAUCAACAAAUUCGUCACAAAUUCGAACCGAAAAUACUACGAGAUAGAUGUGCUGUCAUUGUCAGAUUUAUCAGAAACUAAAUUAUUCGAUCAGUACGAAUUUCAACGUGAUUAUCCGGUAAUUAAAUUGAUCGGUUCAAUUUACGGAAUUGUUUGUUUAUAUAUUAAUGUGAGAGAUCGAGCUCAGUUUGUAUUAUGGAAUCCGGUGAUUAAACAGGCUAAAGAAAUUGAAUCACCUGAAUGCGAUAUUGACCUUUGCGGAUUCUGUUGGGAUGAAGUGGAAGCUGAUUUUAAAGUAAUUGCGUGUAGUUACAGAAGCGAGGGUAGAUUUUAUAGUGUUGGCCUGGUGUAUGUUUAUUCGUGUAAGUCUGAUUCCUGGACUAUGCAGGCUGAUGCCAGGAGUUGGCAGCCUGGUAUUCGGUUUUGUGAUGAUUAUGAUGAGGUGCCUCAUUCUGGGGUUCCGGCUGCAAUUGUGAAUGGAGUUCCGUACUGGCAGUAUUCUCAGCGUUUUGAGGCGGGGAAGCCUGUGUUUAAGUUUGAAGUUGGGAGUGGAGAGUUCAGGGAGGUGCCUAAACCUGAUGUUGUUGGCGUAUCUGACAAACAUGAAUUCCUCAUUGUCAAUUGGAAGGAGCGGCUCUCUGCACUGGUGACUCAGUCCUAUUUUUCGCUUACUGUGGUGGAUGUGUAUUGUUUUGACGAGGGGAGUGGUGUUUGGAGUAAGAUGCACAAUAUUGGACCGAAUAUGAGUAAUGAGUAUAAGCUGCUCGGAUGUUUUAAGUAUGGUGGUGAGAUUGUGACUGAUAUAAAUGGGAAUUAUGUGUGCUAUGAUUACAGAACAGGUGAAACUAAGGGUCUUGGCAACCGCAAGGGGCGACUGCUGACAGGCUUUAGUCAUAAGGAUAGCCUCGUCUUUCUUGAAGGAAUGAAGAGGUAUCGUAAUGCAACACCAUAUCUGCUUGAAAAGGGCAAGAACUCCUGAACCUGGUUUUGUUUUCGACUUGUCUUCUAUAUAGUUAGUUCUCAACUCAUAUACCUGAGAUGUUUAUUUUCAACAACAUAGCUUUUUCUGAAAUUUGUAUCUGUUGAGUUUAAUUCUUGUUAUUUUUGAGUUCACUUCUUUCAAUAAUAUAUCAUCCGACAUACAGACAUCAGGAACACACAUGUUAUCUUAAACCAAACAUGAACCAGUCUUCUCCCUUUAAAAGUAAAAAACGCGGUAUAUAUGCAGAAAAAGGUGGGAAGAAGAUCUAUAUUAAAUAAACUAGACAUAUUGCACUCUUCACCCUUCUGUAAAUGCAGGUAAAUACAGACAUCAUAUCCUUUUGUAAAAGCUUUUGCUGUAUUGACUAUAAAGGUUAUUAAUCACGCAAUAGAAUCUACAGACAACUAGGCUUACGUAGAAGUAUUACAAAAAUUACCUACCAGAUACACAUAAUAUAUGACUUCUAAUCUGCUAUCUUGGUCCUGAAAGCCUUACUGCUGAAAAAUCAGCACAACUAUUGAGAUUUAAUGGCUCUAAAGAAGUACUGUGCUCACUCGUUGAUUUGAAGGAACUCAAAUAGAUAUGUGAGUUCAUCUGCUGAGAAGAUGGAGGUGGAGGAACAGGAGAUACUUGUUCAAGCAUCUGGACUACUUUUGUCAUUGAUGGUCUAAGGUGCAUGUCAUAUUGUAAACACCGAAGACCUACCUUAAUUGCUAUGGACACCCUUUCAUCAUCUUCUGCAAUUUGUAGUUUCACAUCAAGAAUGUCCUUCAGUUUACCUUGCUCCAUCAUCUUAAAAGCGUAUGAAGGAAAAUGGCAUUUUUCUUCUGUUUCAGAUGUAUCAUAGUUUUUUCUACCACCAAUGAUCUCAAGCAAUACCAUUCCAUAACUAUAGACAUCACACUUGUCUGAUAUUGCAUAGUUUGUGAUCCACUCUGGUGCAAGGUAACCCCUUGUGCCCCGUAGUGUUGUGAAAACAUGGCUCUGCUCUCGGCUUAUUAGCUUAGCAAGACCAAAGUCCGAAACCUUUGCAAGAAAGUUGUCAUCUAGGAGCACAUUUUCAGGCUUAGUGUCACAGUGCACAUUUUUACAUCACAGUCUUCCUGGAGAUAAGCUAAUCCGUUGGCUGUGCCUAAAGCAAUAUAUAUCAUAUCUUGUGUCCCAAUCCAAGAAAUCAACUUUGUUUUCCUUAAGGAUCCAUCUUUCCAGUGAACCAUUUGCCUUGUAUACAUAAACAAGGAGCCUGUGGGCACCUUCUGUGCAAAAGCCUUUCAGCCUCACCAGGUGGAGAUGAUGAAUGCUACCAAUACUACUAACUUCAGCUUGGAAUUCUGUCUUUCCUUGGCCAAGGCCUUCUAAUUGUUUCACAGCCAAUUGGGUUCCAGCAGGUAGAACACCUUCAUAAACUGAGCCAAAACCUCCUUUCCCUAGUUUCGUAGUGAAGUUGUUGGUAGCAAUUUGAAGAUCUUUGUGACUAAAACGUAUUGGCAUCCUGGAUAUGUUUUUCAAGAAAUUAUCCUCUUCUACUUCUUUAGGGAACUCCAACAAGGCACUUUUCUGUUUCUGGUGGUAACAGAAACACGACAAACAUGAAAUACUUGUAAGUUGACCAUGAUUUGUUGAUUUAUAAUGUCCAGGAAUGCAAUAUGUUUUUAGUUGACGUUCUGCCCUAACAAUCUAUUUUCCAGUUUUUGUCAUGCUGGAUACUCAGGAAUUGCUUAAUUGAAGACUCAUUUUCACCAUACAUUGGCAGAGAUGAAAAGCUUAAAUACCUUGUACAUUGAUUUUUGCAGCUGUUCCAUUUUAUAAAUUCCGUUCAAUUUGAUCUGUUCUAACCUAUGCUGAUCCUUAUGGACACAGUUAUAAAUAUACCUAUCAAGACUUAUAUUCUGACAUUAAAUAAUCUAGUAACUCGACGAUGUUGCUAAAAGGCAAAAGCUCUACACUGGCAUUAUGUUAGGGGCAACAAUAUUUGAUUUAAACCCCUAUAAGCAGCGUAAUGCAUAAAGUUGAUUACAAAAUGUGGUGUAUGCUAUUGUAAACAUAAAUACUUUAUUAGGGUCAUACAAACUUCUCUCCUUCGCAGAGGUUUGAGCUUUAUCAGGUUGUCUGGACCUAUCCCAGAUUCAGUUCAGCCUUGGAGUCCAGCCUAAAUUUUUUGUAAGUGGACAUACAUAAGUUUGUACUUUGCCAAUCUAGAAAUCUAUAUCUCCGACUCGAGCAGAAUUAUUUACCCAUUAAUUUUUUUUGGCAAUUUUCUUCCAACUUGUGCAUGGUUUUCCUGUAAUUUGUUUGUUUAAACGUAAGGAACUCUAUAAUAUACUAAUUUUUUUGGCUUUAGGUAUCUGAAUAGCAACUUACAGGCACAUCAAAGCUGCAACUUGUAACUUUGACCAUGCAAAUAAGAUUUGUGAAGGAGGAUUUGGACCAGUUUGUAAGGUAAAUUGCUUUCAAAUCGAGUCUACUCUUGCUUCAUUACUACACACACGUAGGACUAUAUGAAAGGCUUGGCCUAGAUGCUUUGGGCAAGUACAGGGGCGUGUGAGUGUUUAAGUUUAUGUAAUUAAACAAAACCAGAGAAAGAGUUUCUUAAAAGAACUACUUCAUUUUCUUGCCUUCUAUAUAUUUAUAUAAAGGAGGAUCUCAGGAGGCUCUGAGAUCUCUCCCUUACAUUUUUCUAAUUUUUAGGUUUUUCUUAAGUUAGUGACUGACUUUUUGUUCUCCUAAAUUAUUGAUUAUUACAGUUACUUUUUGCUUCUUUGUUUUCACACGACCCAAAGGGUUGUUCAUGUUAUCCAGCGUUUAUCUUCACAUUCACACGAUCGAGAAGGUUCAUGGUGAGGUUGUUAAAGGCAUCAAUCAAUAGCCUCGAUAGAUUCGUCCUCCGUCAAGCUCGCGGUACUUCCCCUGAGGUCUGCAUCAAUGGCCUUCUACAUGUUUGCGAAAUGUCACAAUGAAUGAAAUAACACAAAUGUGGGCUAGGUAAAAAAAAUGAUUUAAGAGGAAGCAGUCUGGAGGAGCAAGAAGAGGUCAAAAAAAAAUGAUUCAAGAAGACACUGUUCAUGGGUUUCUCAGUAUGUAUCUCGUGCUCAAUUUUUGUGUUUACUACUCUUAUUUACUGAGAAUGAUUGCUUAGUUGUGCUUAAAUUCGUAGUUUUCUAUUUAGGACUUUUUUGCCUUUGGAUAAUAAGAUGAACAAAAUAUUUAUGUUCAAUCAGGUUCUGCUUCUACUUAAUUUCAGCCUCUCAUUUGGAAGAAAAAAAUAAUAGGAAUCUGUUCUAUGAUUUUAGUUUUUUUGUGAUUAGUGUGUAGAUGGUCGUAAAGCUGUCAACUAGACAGCCAAACCUGGAGAGUUGGAUGAAGGUCCUCAAAGCAAUUGCUUCAGAGAAUGGCAUUAGUCUACAAGUUGAAGAGGAAUUCUCCAUGACAAUAGAGGUAUUGUGGCUUCUAGAUUGAAUGUUCCAGAACAUGGCAGAUGCCUCAGCCGCUACCCUUCGGGUGCGCACUGGGUAAACCCACGAGCUCACGCAAUAGCCUGCAAACUACGUGAACCAAGGUAAACCGCACAUAAGCGCGACAGGCUCUGGUCCAGGAGGCAUAAUCACAAAUUCUGCUCCCUUCGGGAGUCGAACCUGUGACCAAGAGGAUACAUAUCCCCUCUUUAACCAGCUGGACCAACCCUUGCGGGCCCUCUUUCCAUUAUGUGGCUUCAAAUCUUCCUCUCUAGCCCUUAAUUUCUUUAAUGAAUCCAUAAUCCGAUUAGAAAAUCUUCAAAUAUUGAGACUUCUGACAUAUUUUCAGUUUGUACAGACCAAGAUUUUACUAUUGCUCAUGGCACUCUGAUAUAUUUUCAUGAUUUGUCUAGGACUGCAAUAACUUCCCGCCAUAUUUAUUUUUUGAACUCCAGGUAAAUAUCUCGAUGAAAAAAGAGAGUCGUGGGGAUAAUGUACAGCUGAGCUCCUCAGCGCAAAGGAUAGUGGAAGGGCGUAGCGCUAUACCGGUUAUAAGCUCAGAUAAUAUCGACUUUGAAGAUGUCUUUGGAGAUCCUCCAAGGAGGUUUCAUAUCAUGAAACAACAAGAUACAGUUCAGAUGGAACAAUAGAUGGUAUAGAAACUGCGAGGUCUCGUAGUUUGAAAGUAAGUCAGAGUAAGUCAAUGAGAAAAGUACAUGGCCAAAGGACAAAUCUCAGAUAAUGCACUCGGAGUGACGGCAAGUCCACUUCUCCUGAUGAAGAUUUCACCUCGAUCGUUGAAGAUGUGAAGAUGUCAAAGAUCUACUUUGCCGAAAUUCCUGUUAAUGUUGAACUCAGGUACGAGAUUGAGAAUUCCAAGCUUUCUGUUACAUCGUGCAAGUGUAAUGUGUAUACUGGUGUAAUGUGGCUGAAGAGCACCAGGUUUUAGGACAGGGCAUCAGUCUACAAGUUGAACAGGAAUCCUCCAUGACAAUAGAGGAUCUCAUAAAUCAUGUCGGCCGGCUUCUUGGUGUAUCAAUAGCUAAAAAUCAAUUGACGACUGUUGUCUCUGUUGAGCGAUGAUCCUUGCACUCGGCACAGUCGGAUUAUUAAGGCCAACUUUCGUCCCUGCUUGAUUCUGAUGUUUAUUUUAGAAAGGUUAUUAUUAUUUCAAGGUGUUUCGCUAAUUGUUCAUCCUAUUUGCAAAUACGAGGAACGUACAUUGUAUUGUCAUUCUUUUGAAAGUAGAACAACAGUGGAGUAUAUAAAUUUAGUUCACCAAUCGAACAUUUUAUGUUA